AUGUGUUCCAGGGUUUGGUUCGUGACCGACCGGCGCAUCAGCCAGGAGUAUCCCCAAGUCCAGAUCCUCCGGGCGCUGAAGGAGCGCUGCGCCGACGAGGAUGUGGAAUUCCGCUCCCUCCUCAUGGAUCAAAUCGUGCUCACAAUCACCGAUGGUCAAUUGGGUCUGCGAGUGGAGCAGGAACUGGUGACGUCUUAUCCACAGGUGGUGGUGGUGCGGGUGCCCACGCCCUGGGUGCAGUCAGACAGCGACAUCACUGUGCUGCGCCACCUGGAGAAGAUGGGCUGUCGGCUGAUCAACCGGCCCCAGGCGAUACUCAACUGUGUCAACAAGUUCUGGACCUUUCAGGAGCUGGCCGGCCACGGGGUGCCUCUUCCUGACACCUUCUCCUACGGCGGGCAUGACAACUUCCGUAAGAUGAUUGACGAAGCUGAGCCGCUGGGCUAUCCGGUGGUGGUGAAGAAUGCACGGGGCCACAGAGGGAAGGCGGUGUUCCUGGCACGGGACAAGCACCACCUCACAGACCUGUGCCACUUGAUCCGCCAUGACACGCCCUACCUGUUUCAGGAGUACGUCAAGGAGUCGCACGGCCGCGACGUGAGGGUGGUCCUGGUGGGCGGCCGUGUCAUCGGCUCCAUGCUACGCUGCUCCACUGAUGGUCGAAUGCAGAGCAACUGCUCCCUGGGUGGUGUAGGUAUGAUGUGCCCCCUGAGCGAGGAGGGAAAGCAGCUAGCCAUAGAGGUAUCCAACAUCCUGGGCAUGGACGUGUGCGGCAUUGACCUGCUGCAAAUGAACGACGGCUCGUUUGUGGUCUGCGAGGCCAACGCCAACGUGGGCUUCAUCGCCUUCGACCAGGCCUGCGGCAUGGACGUGGCGGGCAUCGUCGCAGACUUUGCCCUGUCGAUGCUCCCCAGCCGGCUCACCCGUAAGAUGUCCCUGCUCUCCGUCGUGUCAAGCACCAGUGAGACCAGCAGUGAGCCCGAGGUGUGCCCUGUGCCCGCUGGCGGCGGCUCGCUGCCUGAGGCCGUCUGCAACAUGAGCGUGGGCUCUACUUCCAGCGAGAGCGACCCGGAGCUGGCUGAGCCCUCCCAGUCCUCGCCCCGCCAGUCCACAGGCCCCGACUUGGCCGAUCUUCCCGGCCUCCCGGAUCCAGCCUACAACUUCAACACCCUCCUCGCCAAUGAGAUCAAGUUAUUGACUGAGUGAGAUUCAAGCGGCUUCAUGCACACACUAACACCACAAAUACACAUUAAAAACAUGCAUACACACGCCUGUAUGCAUGGCAACCGACAUUCCUUAACACAUAUCGGUCCAAUUUUUUUUUUCAAAACAUGGGAUGUUGAUCGCAAACCGGCAACACAAUAAAACAGAACACGAUGUCAGACGCAACAAGAGAAACACAAACAAACCAAAACAUGAGCCAUCUCCUGCAAAGAUCUGAGGCUGCUCCCCUGACUCUCCCGUCUGUGCACCUCUACUCCCAAACUGCAACCCCCACAAAACAAGCCUAGCUUACACUGCAGCAUGGUGGUGAGAUAUAGUACUCAAGAUAACUGCUAAAUGCCUCUUCUAGUUUUUGCUUUGAAGAAUAGCGAGGGUGAAGGUUUUUGGUUGGGUGUGGGAUUCCCAUAAUAAAGGCAUGCACAUGCCGUGUUUUUAAUCCUCACAGUUCAGUAACAUCAUUUUAAGGAGAAUUUAUGUUGACAUAAAAAAAGCUUUUUGUGCUGUGACUGUGGUCAGGUUUGGUGGAUUGGAGGCAAAAUGAAGUUUUUUUUAAAUUUGUUUCCUAAGUGGUUAGCUCCUUGUGGUCGGCACAUUAUACCUUCAGCUCCAAUGUAGCAACGUUGUGCUUCUGUCAAGUCAACGUAACUGGAUGGCAACCAUCCUACAGCUACUGGAGAAGUAGGGAAUUCAUGUGAAGGUUUCAUUAUAAUCUGAGUGAGAGAGAUGAAUCCACCCUUCGCUACAUCCUAUAUGUCAUACAUGUCAUAUGUCGUGAAUCCAGCUCAACCAGAAUGUAUACCCACUUUUUACCAGGUUAAGAAUCCAAUCAAUUCAUUGUCGUGUUGAUUUGAAAUACAGUGAGACUCUCUCUGCCUUAACAUUAAGGUCACAUGAAUAAAUCUAAUGUUAAAAUCCAUUAAAUCCCAGUUUAAAAUGGCUGGUAUUGAAAUGUAGUUGGAGCUGCUGCAUUGACAGUGAAUAAAAGGCUGAUGAUGUGUGCUCACUAAUUACCUUUUAAGCAUAAAUAAGAAUAUUAUUUAUGCAGUUUACAGACCCAUAGUCCUUCUGGGGGCUGACAUGGUGUCCAUUCAUUAGUUCUCUGUUCACUGUGAAUGAAGCAGGCUCCUGCUAAUGUGAAACUGCCCUAAUCUGUGCAAGGUAGUUAAACUACCGAAUAGCAGUUCUGUUUUUAGAGUCAAAGCCCUUUUUUCUUUUCUUUUAUAGCUUGUUUGAUUAGCCUUACCUGCAGCGGCAGUCUGUGGCUGCCUUUUAAAAUCCAUUCAAUGUCUAGCACUUUAUGACAAACAGAUGCAUUUUUAUGUUCUCACUCAGACGACACAUUUUUAGGAAACAGGAGACAGAGUUUUGAAACCUGCUUCGACACCGGCAAGCGAAAUAUACCUCAAAAACAGUGACAGUUCACUGCCAUAGAACGACUGAUAUUCAAACAUACAGUACAUAUCAGCCAGGAUCCUUGUGGUUUUCAAAUGGCCCCUGAUUUACCAGCUGUUCCCUCUCCUGUCUCAGAACUACAAAGGUAGUUGUUUAUUAUUUUUUUAUUGCUUUGUAGCUUUUUGUAAAUACCUAGGUAGUGAAUUAACUUCCGUGCAUGCUAGAAGUCAGCCGAUGAACUGGAAUGGCUGCAGUAGUUGCCAACAUAGAACAUUUCACAAGCUUUUGUGGACAAACGUAUUUGUACAGACCUGGAACACAGAGAGGAUCCAAUUGAAAGUUGGUGCUACGAUUUCUGAAUUUGGUUAGAUGUGAUUUCUCAGUCAUGAUCUGUAGAUUUUACUUUUAUUGUUUUUACCUUGUUUUUGUUUUGUCCAUAAAAUAUGUUGGCAUGACAUAUUUUUUGGGCAUGGUAGAAAUAAAAAAUGGAAUAUAUAUUUUUGCUGUCUCUUUGAAUAGAAUGUUACUUUUUCUUUCCUCAGGGGAAAAAAAAAAACACUAAAAACAGGGAUUUCAGUGGCCAAGAGUUUACUGCUUAUGGUUUUCUGUUCCUCCUGAUUUACCUCCUAUGCGUCCUCUGACAUAUCAACACAGAGGCAGGGUUUCUCCGGGGUAACCGCCAUUCAAUGAGAAUCGUUUCCAGAUCUGAUCAAAAGCACAAAUUCAAAACCAACUGUAAACUGUGCCACAUAGUAACGUCCACGUUUUCGGCUUGUACCCCCUUUCCUUUUACACACAACUCAGGGAAGCAGCCCGGAUCUCACCCCUGACCCCCAAAGGCACGACAGAUCCAUCCAAGCUCGACACAUAUCAGAAACAAAACACACCUACAGGCAGACAAAAAGACACACAAACGGCAAUGAAGAAAAAGUUGUAAACUACAGUAUAAGACAAUGUGGUGUAUACCAUGGUUAACAUGCACUUUUUUCCCCUGCUUGUUUUAUAUCGUUCCUUGUUUUCUUCCUAAUUUAUGGUAUUUUUAAAGAAAAAAAGUGGUUUGUGUGCACUAAUAUUGUCUCAAUAAAGUGAAACCGCUGUGAAGCUUGAUUUUAUUUCUCUUCUUUGUAGCCCAAUCUACUAACUGUCUGGAAUCUAAAAAGGAGGCCUGCUUGAGGGGGCUAAAUCGAAACCUACCAGACAACAGGAAAAAGCAGCUUUUAGUCAAGCCUGCUGUCAAGUGAUCCCAGUGGCUCCACUGAUAGAAUAACAUCAUUUUACACUACUGUGAUGUUGUCCUCUAUCAAUUAAUCAAAGUAUCUGACAAAGAAACUGUGAAAUCUGCUGAUGUCAAUUCUCUGACGUGCAGGGGCCGGUGAGCUUGAUCACUAAGUCUCGUCCCAACAUCCGAGUUUCUCUUCAGUUGUUGUCGUCCCCUUUUUCUUUUUUUUAAGUGUCUGUCUUUGUGUAUCAUUCCACUUUGUGUACAUGAGUGUAAAUCAAAGAUCUCAUAUCCUCUUUGAGAAACGCCAGCCAUAAGAACGGACAAAAUGCCCAUUUCUCUCUCACACAUUGAAAUAUGUAUUUUAUACAUCAUCCGCAUGUAGACAGAACACGUCUACCCACUGAAGGUUCAUUUAAAUGUGCCCGAACCACUUUCAAAAUGCCUUUUCAUUGUCUGGUUUCCUUUGGGAACAUUGAUUUGAGGACCCUUGUCGGGUCAGGCUCCCGGUUCAUGGGGGUUUCUUUCUAUACCUCACCGGCCGUGAAGAAGUGGAUCCAAGGCAUGGAAGUUGUUGAAAGAAACGGGGGCACCACAUGGUAGCGACACAGGGAAACGAGAAAUGUGCGUUAAUUCUAAAGUUACUAAGACUGUAUUUGCCUGUGUGGUGCUUGGCCAGCCUGGAAUGAAUAUGUAGGAACAUCUGGACUAGUCACUGUGUAUGACAACACACCAGAGCACAAGGUCGCUAUUUAACUCCAAACUGCUGCUAAUGUAUAUUUGGCUCAAAAAAUUAAAAAGGGAAUAUGACGAGAUCCAAGUGUUUCCGUGAUUUGUUGCCUCACAACACAUGAAAAUGAAUCUGAAUGCCAAAAAUAAGAAUUUUGUUGUAUAAUUCAGUACUAAUAACACUUGUAGUGAGAUGAUUUUAAAAUUCUUUGUUUUGAUAUAAAGAGUAAAUGUUUGAGAAUUGUAUAAAAUAUGUUGGAUUUCAUGGCAAUCAUCAGGUACAUUUUAUGUCAAUGUGUUUUGAAAACCUGAGGUUUGCUGAAAGGUUUACAAUCUGCUUUUAUUUGCAGGAGGAAAAUCCAAUGUUUAUGCUUCACUGAAAUCAUGCAGCUCUCUGUUGAUGACAUGUAGAUAUUAGAAAUCUUCAAUCUGCAAAUGGUGAACUGAAGAAGAGGUCCUGAGCUGCUACAAUGAGCAAAAGCAUUGCGUUACAAAAGGUCUCAGUGAAUGCCCUCACCAUUAUUCUCUGUAUAAUUCUGACAGUGUUACAAAAUGGAUCCCAAAAUAAUGUCAUUGACAGAUGUGCAAACUGCUGUAAAUAUAUAUCCCUCUUUUUUUAGAUUAAAAUAAAGAUGAGUCAUUAUUCAAAACUGAUAAA